GCGGCUUUGCCUCAGCCAAUUAACGAGCGCUUGCCGCCUACCGUAGAGAAGCCUGAGAAACAUGGCUGCGGCGUGUCGGAGCGUGAAGGGUCUGGUGGCUGUUAUAACCGGUGGAGCCUCGGGCCUGGGCCUGGCCACGGCGGAACGACUGGUGGGGCAGGGUGCCUCUGCUGUGCUUCUGGACCUGCCCAGUUCGGAUGGGGAGGCCCAGGCCAAGAAGUUAGGAAAGAGCUGCACCUUUGCCCCUGCUGAUGUGACCUCUGAGAAGGACGUGCAAGCAGCUCUGACUAUAGCAAAAGAAAAGUUUGGCCGUGUGGAUGUGGCCGUUAACUGUGCAGGCAUUGCAGUGGCUAUCAAGACAUACAACUUAAAGAAGAACCUGGCUCACAGCUUGGAAGACUUCCAGCGAGUCAUCAAUGUGAAUCUCAUAGGCACCUUCAAUGUGAUCCGCCUUGUGGCUGGUGAGAUGAGCCAGAAUGAACCAGACCAGGGAGGCCAGCGUGGGGUCAUCAUCAACACUGCUAGCGUUGCUGCCUUUGAGGGCCAGGUUGGCCAAGCUGCAUACUCUGCUUCCAAGGGGGGCAUAGUGGGCAUGACGCUGCCCAUUGCUCGGGAUCUGGCUCCCAUAGGCAUCCGGGUGAUGACUAUUGCUCCAGGUCUGUUUGGCACUCCUCUGCUAACUAGCCUUCCGGAGAAGGUGCGAAACUUCUUGGCCAGCCAGGUGCCCUUCCCCAGCCGACUGGGGGACCCUGCUGAGUAUGCUCACCUGGCACAGACUAUCAUCGAGAACCCAUUCCUCAAUGGAGAGGUCAUCCGGCUGGAUGGGGCCAUCCGCAUGCAGCCUUGAAGGGAGAAGGCCAAGAAAGCAGUUCCUCUGCCUCUCUUCCUUCCCCAGGGCUGCUUCUCUCUGACUUGGGAAGAAGCCCAGGAGCCGUUUUGUAACUGCCUAUCAGUUACCCUCUGUGCCUAAUAAAGUCUAUUUCUCACAGGG